AUGAAGCUCAUCACCACUCUCCUCGCUGUCCUUGGCGCCGUCGCCAUCGGCCAGGCAGCUGAUUGUUCCGGUGCCAGACAAUGCCAGUGUCUCUUCCAAGACGGCUCCCACUGCUGUGUCUAUGGCUACAACGCGGAAACAGGUGACACCUCUGACUGCACUGCCGUCUGCUCCGGUGCUUCUCGCCUCCUGCAGAGUGGCGAAGACACUCCCGCCAAGUGCAAUGCUGGCGGAAAGUUCUCUUGCGUUGGUAUUAUUACCGCGCAGGGCCGUACUCCUUGCUACAACGACAACCAGACUCCCGUCUAA